CGUCCACACUACUGCUAAAGCUGUGCUGCUUGUAUGCAGCGACGUUCAUGUAUCAACACAGCUUUGUUUGUACCACUCAUUGUCCUGACGUGUUUGUCACACAUGAUGUGCACGUGAACGAGUCAAGCAUGUGUUCAGAGAGAGAAUAACUAUUCAAUUCCAUUAUGAAUAGAGCUUUGAAAGCAGGUACAGCUGGAAGUAUCGCACAUAAAUGCGCAUUUCUAUUCAUCUAGUUCUAUCAAAGGAAAGUAGGUUAGAGAAUCAGGAUGUUAUGACGUGGAGGCCUGGCGUGACGACAGUCGGAAAGAUUUGAGCAGGAAGACUCAAUGGCUUCACAGCUAGUACACAAACAGGCUUAAACAACACUAUCAGUCUCGGCAGGUGACGUCUUCAGGCCAGAUGUACCCUUCCUUCAUCAUGACGUCACAGUCCUCAAGAUUCCUGUCUACCGGUCCUGUAUGUCUGUUGUACGACGUGUACCGUGUUGUUAUACAUCUCACCGACCAUGGCAGAGGAGUCACCGCCGACGUUGUCGCUGACCGACAGCGAGGCCGAUGAGGAUAACAUCGGCUUUGUUGAUGACUGGCAGUCGGGGAAGGACUUCAUUCAGACCAACUUGAUGAUGCUGGACGGCGAAACUCUGUCUGACGUCACCUUCCUGGUGGGGGAGGAAGGGGAGACAAUCCUGGCUCAUAGAUUCAUGCUCGCAAGCCGCAGUUGCGUAUUUUUUGCGAUGUUUUGUGGUCGUAUCGCAGAGACGAAGGAGGUGAAGAUUACAGAUAUACAGCCCAAUGUCUUCAGACAGUUUCUAAGGUAUCUGUACACUGGGGUCAUCUCCUUGUCGGCGGACAAUGCCCUAAACCUACUCUACUGCUCCAAGAAGUACUGUAUUAAGUCAUUGGAACAAGAAGUCCUUGAAUACUGCCAAUGCUCCAUCAGCGCCGACAACGCCUGUACCUUGCUGGAACAAGCGUGUCUGUUUGACAUGAAGCAGCUGCAGGAGAAGGCUUUCAAUGUGAUGAAGAGAGACGCCAUCUUCGUGCUAACGUCGGACAACUUCGUCGACCUCUCCCAUCACAACCUGGACAAGCUGCUCGCCAUGGACGACCUCAAGGCCGAAGAGGAUGUUAUUUUCAAAGCCGUUGUGGGAUGGGCCAAGGCAGAAUGCAAGAGACAGGGGAAGAAUCACAGUGCCGGCGAGAUGAGAGAAGUUCUCGGCGCUGCGUUGUAUAAAGUCAGGUUUCCCCUCAUGGCCCAGUCUGUGUUCGUAGAGUUGGUUGCAGAUGGUAUUCUUACCGACAGCGAAAAGGUCAAGAUAUUAGAACGCUAUAUCUCGCCGAAGUCCAACAUUGAACCAUUCAUCGCGAAGCCCCGCGACACUGCACAAGUCAUAUACCGAGUACAGCGUCUGGUUCAGGGCGGGUUUGGGCAUCCAUUGAGUAAGGUCAAAGAUGCUCUGUACAUCUUCUGUGACAAGCCUGUCAUCUUCAUGGGCGUGAUGUUGUACGCUCCAGCAAAUAUCAUCACCAGCGCCUUAUCUUACUUCAAGUCCUUCCUUGACCCUCACAAUGCCGUCCUUGGUGACACGGUGAAGUACUACGUGACACUGGUGGUCCGUGACGCUCAGAACGCAAGGGUGGGCAUCCACCACUUUGACGUAGACCUGAAGGCUGGAGACGAGCAGCUAGAAGUUGCCAUGACAACGCCCGUCCCCCUGACUCCGGGAGAGAGGUACACCCUCACAUUGGUCAUUGAAGGACCAGUACGGGGCUGGGGUGGCAUGAACGGUAUGUCCGAACUCACCGACCCAGGGGGGGAAGUGACGUGGCGGUUUGAGCACGUCCCCACUCCGGGGAACACGGAGAACAGCCUGAAGGAGGGGAUCAUUUCAGGUAUCAUGUACUGUCUCGUCAGGGAAACAUAAAUCAAGCACGUCAAGCACGUCAAGCUUCAAGCAGUAUGUGCCAUUAGGAACUGCUUGACACCCGCACGAACUCCUUCCUUAGAAAAGCAGCCUGAUGAACUCUUUACCCGGAGAUGCUCUCCGACCCCCUCAUCCGCGAUCAUUAUAAAGACAAUGGACCAUCGGCAAUGAGAGGUUCAGAUUUCUCAUACAAGCUCAAGAGUGAUACAGAAACAUACAUCACAUGAAAUUUACAUGUUGUAACCAAAAUCUAUGGUAAACUAAUUGGGUAUAUUCGCCAUGUAAUUUGAAAUACAACUGUACAGGUUGACGAGUGAGUAGUGGGUUAUUUGAGGAAUACCUAAGACAGGGUCGCUCUGUACUACACAGGUUCUUGCUGGUUUCUAACCGGUUUAAGAGCCGGGAUCGCCGUCUGGAACACCACACGGACUGCGGUCGCCAGCAGACCUUCCAAUAGUCUGUCAUACAGACCCUGAAACAAAUAUAUCCAAUACAGUCCAUGCAAGUCUACAAUGUUUGGCAAAUCUGGAUUACUGCAGUCUCAGGAGAAAGUCUCUGGGCUCCUUUUUAUUAUAUUUUAUAACUAUAAUUUAACAACUGUCAUUUCUGUAAAAAAGUUCAUUUCAGAGACUGGAUGUUAAUCUAACCUUGCAAUAAAAUAACAAACUGACAAAACACUGGCAUAAGUCUACAAUACACAUGAAAUCGGCGACACAAAACAAUGCAUGCGAACGUAACGAAAAAACUGUUUGUUGAUCCUCAUGAUCAUGACUGUCCACUUCCUUCUUAUUCUGCGCAUGCCCAGUUUACAAGACUGUGGUCUGUGAGUUUUCGUCCUACCGUUUCCAUGUUUUCGGCACCGUGUUCUCAGAUCUAUGAUACUGUUUCUUAGCUUUUGGUUACGUUCUCAUUGUUUUACGUUGCCGUUUCCUUGUAUCGUAGGCAUAUGUCAGUUUACUGUUGCGGUCUGUCAGUUUAUUGUUGGUAGGCCUGGCUAGGUAGCUUAAACACGUCCAAGUACUGGGGACAGAAUCUUUACCAGCUUGUAUGCAAUUAACAUGUCAAAAGUUUUUUCAAAUCCCAUUAAAUAUAUCGCUCAUACGACCCGGAG